AUGUCACUACAUUUAACCAUAGGUACCGGGUUGCCUGAGCUAUCCGGACCAGGAAGGACUGAGAGAGACACCCAGGAAGGCCUCCCAGGUGAUGAUCACAGGAGCAGAAGCCUCCAGGAUGGUCGCAAGGCUCCACGCAAGAGACUCAAUAGCAGGAAACGACCCAUCAGUGAUGAACCACACGAUGACUCGCUCAGUGGCAACAGAAAACGACACAAUGACUCGCUGGGUAGCAACAGAAAACGACACAAGGACUCGCUGGGUAGCAACGGAAAACGACACAAGGACUCGCUGGGUAGCAACGGAAAACGACCCAAGAAAACAUAUAAUAACAGCCAAGGAAAGAGAUACGAAAAUGAGAAAGAUAAACAUUCAGGAAACAUAAAAAUUUACGAGAAAGAUGACACUAAAAUGUACAAGAAUAAAGGUCAUGUUAAGAGCAGAAACGAGACAGAACACAAGACAAUGGUCAAGAGUAAAGAACGGGAGAAGAACACGAGCGAUAAAGAGGUUAAAGAAGAACAAAAUAACAAGAGUCGGAAUAGAAAUGACAAGAACGAAGACGACAAGUCAAAAACGAAUGGAAAUAAAAGGAAAACAAGAGCAAAACAUCGGGAAGGGGAAAACAAGAAAACGCCCAAAACAAAAGAAAACACAGAAAAUGUCAAAACUAAGAAUAAUAAAGAACACAACAACCAAACACAGAACAAGUCCAUGAAAAAUAAAGAGUUUCCUAAAGAGAAAAAGAAUAAAAACAAAGGAAUUGGCAUUAAGAAAACAGAACAAGAAAAACAUGAAGAGAUUAGGGGAAAGAGCAGACGGAAAGGAGACAAUAAGAAAAGACGUAAAGGAAAAAACAACAACACAAGAAAGAUGAAACAAACAAAUUACUUAAAGGACGAAGAGAAAAUGAACCAAAUACAAUUGGAAAAGAAGAGAAACAAAGACAUUACUCAGAUAAAACGAAAGAGGAACAAUAAAAAGGAAACAAUAAUAGAGAAGAGGACGAGAGGCAGAGGAACAACUAACAACCACAAAGGAACAAACAAAAGCAGUAAACAAAGACAAAAAGGAACAAGAAAAAUAAACGCGUCUAAAACGAGGAAAAAGAAGAGGACAAUCAAGAAGAAUAACGGACGAAGUGAAGAGAUCAAGAAAUAUAAAAACAGUAAGACAUCGAAGGAAAGUGAGAGAAAAAAGGAGAUUAAGAAAAAUAAAAAAGAUAAGAAAAAGAACAAAAAUAACAGAACAGAAACAAAUGCAAUAAAUAAGGAAAAUAAAAAUAUAGAGAAUAUGGGAAAUAAACCAAAUAUGAAGAAUAACAGUGUUAAGGUGAAUAAGAAAAGAAUAGUAGGAAGGUCAGGAAGAGCAAGGCUGGAACCUCCUGGAAGAAAAAAAAGGUCAGGAAGGGCAAGGAUGGAGCCUCCUGGAAGAAUAGGAAGAGUAAGGGUGAAGCGUUCAAUAAAAACAUGA